AUGUCGUUAGAGACAGGAGCUGAUAUCCAAUGUAUGACUGCCGAUGGUUGGACGCCAUUGUUACUAGCUGCGGAAAACGGGCAUGGUUCAGUGGUGGAGUUAUUACUCGCAAAGGAUAAUCUUGACGCAGACUCCAACGGAAGGCUCUACAAUCGUCAUACGCCACUAUCACGAGCCGCAACGAACGGCCAUGAAGGAAUUGUGAAGCUGUUAUUAGCUAGAGAGGAUGUUAACCCCGACUCUAUGGAUAACUUCCGGCGAACACCUCUAUUUCAUGCGGCACGGAAGGGACAUAGUACCGUGGCGGAGUUAAUACUUGCAACGGGACGGGUGGGCGUUGGCUCUCUGGACGAAUUCGGCCAGGCGCCGCUAUCGAUUGCGUCAGAAAACGGGCAUGAGGCAGUGGUCAGGCUAUUACUUGCAACAAACGUUAUCAAUCCAGACUCCCAGAGUAGCUACGGUCGGACACCGUUGUGGUGGGCCGCGAGGAACGGGAACGAUGCGGUGGUCGCGGUACUACUUGCAACGACUGGCGUGGCACCGGACUCUAAGGACAAGUACGGUCAGACGCCGUUGUCAAUUGCGGCAGAGAAUGGGCACAGGAAAGUUGUGAAACUGCUACUCGCGGAGGACGCCGUUGACCCAAAUUCCAGGGAUAAAUAUGGUUGGACACCAUUGUCACGGGCCGUGGCGAACAGAAAGAAAGUAGUAAUGCGGCUGCUUCCCGAAAGGGGGGCUAUCGACCCAGACUUCAAAGACUCUUAUGGAUCCAUAUGGCUGGAUGCCGCUGUUAUGCGGCGCAGGGAACGGGUCUGCAGUAGUUCUUUCUUCCGCGCCGUCCUGCCGCCAAUUCGGACAGCCAAGAACAACACAUUCUCAGGUGCUCAAGCUUCUGUUGACAAGCUCCCAAAGAGAAUACUGCUCAAGUCCAUCCCCAAAGGUGUGAAGGAUGCUCGCUUUAGAAGUAGCGAUCAUGACUGGGACGGCAAGUAUGAGCAAGUAAUUGGAACGUCUACCAGGAACAUCGUCUUCGGCAGUAGGUUCGUGCUGACCGACGAUCAUAUUGAGGACAUCUUAGCCUUGGGAAGCCCAAUUUGCAAAAAAAUCGUGCACUUUAUUUUCAUAUAUGAGGAUGUGAGCUACGAUGCACGGAAUAACGCACAGUCUUUGACAAACGAGGCGGUUGUCCGUCUAGGAAAGUCAUGUCCCAAUCUGAAGAAAGUUCAGCUCCAAGCUACAUCUCACGUCACUGAUGACGGCCUACUCGGCUUGUUCCAGAACUGCCCUAAUCUGACCUCGGUGGAGCUUACCGGGACUUCUCGUGGUAGGGGGGAUAACCUCUCUGGAAGAGCGCUUGACGAGUUGCGAGAACAUCCGGAGUGGGUUCCCAAGUUGAAGAAGCUGAUCCUUGGUGAAGGGGAACACAACAAGUUGUUCAUGAAGGUUAUGCGCGCUUUAACUAAAGAAAGGCCAGGGCUAACAGUUACUUUGCUUCAACGGUAUGAAGUUAAGAAGUGGGGAGACUGGGAGUUGGAAGAGAUAAAGAUUGAGUACAAGAAGGGGCGCGUGGCGCGGUAG